AUGGAAAAUAGAUUAAAACUUUACCAAAUACCCUUUGAUAACGAAGGAUAUAGCAAAUCAUUUUCGUUAGAAGAUUUAGAUAAAGAGUUUGACGAAACAGAAAAUAAUAACUUUGAUAUUAACCCUUAUGCUUUCUUUGAAAGAUUUGGAUUUUUAGUAGUUAGAGGUUGUAUAUCAGAAGAAGAUGCCGAUAAAACUCAAAAUGAAAUAUUUGAUAUCAUAGAAUCAAAAAUAUCAACAUUUAAAAGAGAUGACAUAUCAACUUGGGAUAACGCAUUCGAAGAAGGAACAAGUAUACCACAAUAUGGCUCACCCUCAAAACCACCGGUUUUUAAAAGACAAUUUUUACUUAAUAGAACCAAUCCAAAUGUUUUUAAAGUAUUUUCAAAACUAUUGAAAAAUGAAGAAUUGGUAGUGAAUCAUGAUAGAUGUUGUUUCUUUAGACCCGGUAAAGUUAAUGAAAAAUGGAAAACUAGAAAUAAUGUACACUUAGAUAUGAACCCUUAUAAAUGGAUGCAAGAUUCAAAUGAAGAAAGUAAAAAAGAAUUGGAUUCAUUAAGAUAUGAAAGAAUAGGAGAAUUUAUUGUUGAAAAUAAUCAAGUAAAUUAUAAAGAAGGUUUAUCGUUACAAGGUGUUAUUAAUUUACGUGACAAUAAAAUUGAAGAUGGCGGCUAUUGUGUUACACCAGGAUUCCAUCAUGAAUUUAGGGAGUAUUUUGGAACCACUAAACCACAAUUAACAAAUCCAUCAUGGAAUUUCCAAUCAAAAGAUAUUGCAUUCAAGUGUGCCAAAAGGAUAUCAAUGAGAAAAGGUGACAUGGUAGUAUGGAAUCAGCAAAUGCCCCACGGUUCAAUGGCAAACAAUAGCGAUAAUCAUCGUAUGGCUCAAUUUUUAAAGAUAUUCCCACAAUCCAAUAUAUCACCAAAAAGAUAUAAAGCAAGAAAAGAGGCUAUGGAAAGAAUACUAAAAGAAGAACAUAAUAAUAAUUUUCCUUUAGAUAAUUUAAAAAUUCAAUUAUUGGAAAUGGAGAAAAUGGUAAGAGAGCGUGCAGAAAAAGAGAGAUUAGAAAAAGAAAGAUUAGAAAAGGAACGUUUAGAACAAAAACAAAAAGAUAACGUAUGUAAUAUAUGCGUACUAGAAACAACAAAUAAUAAUAGUAACAGUAGAAAUAAUAACCAAAUAGGUAAUAAUAGUAAUAAUAGUAGCAAUAUUAUUAAUGAUAGUAAUAAUACUAGAACUAAUAUAACUCAAAAUACACAAAUAACAGAGGAAGAUAUUGUAACCCAUCCAGAAUCAGAUAGACCACAUAAAAAACAAAGAACAUUAAAUAAAAAUAUGUCUUAUGAAAAUUCAAAUGAACCAAAUGAUGAUAAAAAUAACAACAAUAAUAAUAAUAAUAUAGACAGUAACUCCAAAUCACUCACAAACAAUAAGCAUAAUCAUAAAGAACCAUAUUUCAAUAGAACUGAGCUGGUUAGACUUUUAAUUCAAUCAUUGGAUAGUUUAGGCUAUGACAAAUCAUCAAAAAUUUUGGAACAAGAGAGUGGUAUUUCAUUACAAUCAAAAGAAAUUAAUCAAUUCUCCGAAAGUGUAAUAGAAGGUGAUUGGAAAAAAGUGGAAGAAUUGUUGCCAUUUUUAAAAUUAAAUGAUAGAGAUACAAAUAAUGUAAAAUUUUUAAUAUUUAGCCAAAAAUUUUUAGAAUAUUUAGAACAUAAUAAAAUCUCAAAAGCUUUACAAUGUUUAAGAGAAGAGAUUACACCAUUAAAUAAGGAUUCAAAAAAAUUACAACAUUUAACAUCAUUAAUAAUGACAGUUAAUACAAGCGAAACCAAAAAGAUUAUUAAACAGAAAUCAUCAAGGGUGACAUUACUUAGUGAAAUUAGAAAGUUUGUAAAUCCAAAUCUAAUGCUACCAGAUAAUCGUUUAGAGCAACUAAUCAAACAAUCAAUUCAAUAUCAAAUUGGAAAAUGUCUUUAUCACAAUACAUCAGAACAAUUCACCGAACUCUUUAAAGAUCACACCUGUGAAAAAGAUCAAAUGCCACUAGAUGUACUCUUUACAUUAAAAGAUAAACAUCGUGACGAAGUUUGGUUCAUUACAUUUUCGAAUGAUGGUAAAAAAUUGGCAAGUUGUUCAAGAGAUAAUAACAUUAUUAUUUGGGACAUGUCACCAAUCUAUUUAGAUGAACCAUCCGAACCAAAAGUUUUACAUACAUUAAGUGGCCAUACAAAGGAAGUUUCCCAUUUAGCAUGGAGUCCAAACGAUAAAUAUCUUUUAAGUACAAGUAACGAUUCGACAACUAAAUUAUGGAAUCCAGCCGAUGGUACACUUUUAAAAACGUUUGCAAAACAUACAGAUUAUGUAACAUGUUGCAGUUGGCACCCAGAUAACAAAAGAUUUGUAACUGGUGGAAAUGAUAGAAAUAUUUAUUUGUGGUCAAUUGAAAAUUUAAAUUUAGAUCAACCAAAUGGAAAUAGCAGUAGUAGUAGUAGUAACCUUAGUAAUAAUAAUUAUAAUAAUCAUCUUCACAUUCCCAAUCAAUCAGCACAACCAAUUAAAUCAUGGCAAUGUGCUCGUGUUAACGAUUUGGCAAUUCAUAAGGACGGUAGACAAUUGAUUGUAAUUUGUCAUGAAAAGAAAAUUAGAAUUUAUGAUUUAGAAAAUGAAAAGAAAGCAGAAACAUCACUAAAUGAAGCCGAUUCAAUCACAAGUAUGCAACUCUCAAAAGACUGUAAAUAUGCUUUAGUAAACACAAGUUGUCAAGAGAUCCAUUUGUGGGACUUGGAGAAACAAAAUAUUGUCCAAAAAUAUAGAGGCCAGAAACAAGGACGUUUCGUUAUUCGAUCUUGUUUUGGCGGUGUCGAUGAGGCCUUCAUUCUUAGUGGUUCUGAAGAUUCAACCAUUUAUAUCUGGCAUCGUCAAACUGGUACUCUUUUAGAAACUUUAUCUCGUCACUCUGGUACUGUAAAUACUGUAUGUUGGUCACCAUGCUCUCCUAAUAUAUUUUGUUCAGCUUCUGAUGAUCAAACCAUUAAAGUUUGGUCAAAUACAAAUAGAGUAAAUAAAUAAAUAAACUUAAUUAUU